CGGAGCUGUAGUCUGCGAAGCUCAGGCACCCAGGGGCCGAGGGACGAGGUCCGGACUUGGGGGCCGCGCGCGGCCGUCAUGAAACUGACGCGGAAGAUGGUCCUGACCCGGGCUAAGGCCUCGGAGCUGCACAGCGUGCGGAAGCUCAACUGCUGGGGCAGCCGUCUCACGGAUAUCUCCAUAUGCCGAGAGAUGCCCAGCCUGGAGGUGAUCACACUCAGUGUCAACAGCGUCUCAACCUUGGAGCCUGUGAGCCGCUGCCGCCGCCUGAGUGAAUUGUACUUAAGGAGGAACCGUAUCCCCAGCCUGGAUGAACUCUUCUACCUGAAGGGGCUGCCACACCUCAGGGUGCUGUGGCUGGCUGAGAACCCAUGCUGUGGCCCUAGCCCACACCUCUACCGCAUGACAGUGCUACGCAACCUGCCACAUCUGCAGAAGCUAGACAACCAGGCGGUGACCGAGGAGGAGCUGACCCGCGCGCUGAUGGAGGGGGAUGAGAUCACAGCCGCCCCAGACAGGGAGGGCACAGGCCAGGGCCAUCAAGAGCUGCCCGACACACUGAGCUCCAUUAGCUCCGCCACUGAGACCAACCCGGACACGCUGAGCUGCAUGGAUGAGGAGGCAGACUGUGUCCAAGGCCACCUCAGCUUGAAGAACCCUGCCAGGGACCGGUUUCCUUCUUUCUCACAGAGGGACACUGAGAGCAGUCACAAAAACAGGAAUGUACUGACAGCCGUGCUGCUAUUGCUGCGGGAGCUGGAUGUGGAGGGGCUGGAGGCCGUGCAGCAAGUCGUCAGCAGCCGGCUGCAGUUACUGCACAGGCAGGAGCUGCAGGAGGACACAGAGUGACAUGAGCCCAGUACACCCUGUUGCUGAUCCUGUCUGUUCCACAGAGCCUGGCCCAUAUCAGACAAGGGCAGGCCAGAUGCCAGCAGGCAGACCUGUGUUGGUAGAGGUGCCUACCCAUGCCAGGACCAUCCUCAGACUUGACUGCAGAGGCCAUGAGGGUCUAGGCUUUACCUGCUGCCCUCCCCAUGAAGCACUUCCUGGUGAUGGAGCAGACAGCUUGGUGGCAGGUGCAGUCUUGUCAUUCUCUUCAAGUUGGUGCCACUUCACAGCUUCUGAGGAGCAAUUUUGCCACUUGGUCCUUAGUGGUAAGGUAGUCCACCAGAGGGACAGCAACCUUCACCUCAAAGCUGGCAUCAUGGCCAUGCCCAGGAAGGACUUUGUCUUCUCAGCAGGCCUGGGCAGGAUCUCCCUUCUUUAAGGAACCUUGCAAUUGUGGGGAGGGCGAGCUGAGCCUUCAUGAGGCCCGUGGACACCCUUACCCACCAGUCUGGGACACAGGCGUCCUGGCGAUCCUGCUAGGAUACUGGGAACCAGGGUUAACGCUGUAGCCCAGAGCCAUCCUGGGGUGCCCAGUGAGUGACCUGCCAGCAGAUGCAGUGAUCAGAGAAGCAUGCAUGCCUUCUCCGCCUCCUCUUGGUGUCAGGGCCAUCUCUGAGGCACCCACAUCCAUGCUGUUGAGAGCACAUCUGGUCACAGGACAGCUAUGUAAUCCAGUAAGCCAGCCAUGGUGACAGCAUCCAGAAGGCCAGGGCUUACAAUGCAGAUCAUUACGCUGGUGCCUCAUGACAAGGCUGUGGCCAGUGCCAGCUGUGUGAGGCCCAGCGGAGGGCUCUGUGCACUAGACUUGGGCACAACCCGGGGGCUUGGUCUGUCAAGGUUCUCUUGUACAUUCUUCAGGACCCAUGUAGUCACAGUGGGAGAACAUCUGAUUGUCCCAGGCCUGUGUCUGCCUCCUGUGGUCACUCAGGUGAAUAAAGUGCUGUCUUUUGGGCA